AAAAAAAAAAAAACGCCGGCAAAUUCGAUCUCGGUUUCGAAUCCCAAAUUCGCAAAAGAGAGAGAGCGAGAGAUUCAAAGAGAAAGAGAAGAAAAUGGGGUGGAUUGGGGACCAAAUCGAAUCCAUUCGCUCUAUCCAAGUUCGUCAGCUCCUCACUCAGGCGAUCAGCCUUGGUAUGAUCGUGACUUCGGCGCUGAUUAUAUGGAAGGGGUUGAUGUGUGUGACUGGAAGCGAGUCCCCGGUGGUCGUCGUUCUGUCGGGGAGCAUGGAGCCUGGUUUUAAGAGGGGUGAUAUUUUAUUUUUGCACAUGAGCAAGGAUCCAAUUCGUGCUGGUGAAAUUGUUGUAUUUAAUAUUGAUGGACGUGAAAUUCCAAUUGUUCAUCGUGUAAUCAAGGUCCAUGAACGACAGGAGACCGGAGAAGUUGAUGUUCUCACAAAAGGGGAUAAUAAUUAUGGGGAUGACAGACUUCUUUAUGCUCAAGGUCAGCUUUGGCUUCAGCGGCACCAUAUUAUGGGGCGAGCUGUUGGGUUUUUACCAUAUGUUGGCUGGGUGACCAUUAUCAUGACUGAAAAGCCAAUCAUUAAGUAUUUACUCAUAGGCGCCUUAGGAUUGCUGGUUAUAACUUCGAAAGAGUAGAGUGUUUACAUUAUGGGUAUAAACCCCAAUCUACAUGCAGGUACUGUACGAUUGACUAAAACUCGCAAAUGUGGGAUUUCUAUUUUUAAUCGAUAGAUCAACUUUUGAGAUUAUGAA